UAUAUAUAUAUAUAAAUAAAAAAGUGAUCAACAGUUUGGUUUAUAUAUACAUUCCAUAAUAUUAUGGCUACUGAACUUUAUCGUAAUCUAACGCCAUUCUAUAAGGAAUUAGCAAAAAAGACAAUUUCAGAAAACCCUUCACAUGUUCCUGCACAUUUAACUGCCUUCAAACGAUGGCUGAGUUCUUGUCCACACUUAACAGUUCCUCAAGACGAUAUAUUCCUCCUCGGUUUCUUACGUUAUGCACAUUAUGAGCAUUCAGCUGCACAAAAACGUAUUGACAAUUUUUGCACUUUACGCUGUUCACCUAAACAUGGGAUAACAGAAUGGUUUAAAUAUCCUGAUUUAUCUGAUCCUCUCGUCGAUGAAUAUUUAGAUUCAGGAAUACUUGUGCCAUUGGGCACUGUAGACAGUGGAGUACAUAUGUUCCUAAUGAGAUUGAAGGCAUGGAAACCAGAACGUAUACCACAAGUAAAAAUGAGAACAAUGAAUAAUAUGUGUUUUGAACGAUUUCUUUUAAAUGAAAAAUGUCAAAUUGGUGGUAUUGGUAUUUUUAUUGACAUGUCAGAUGCAACAUCCAAGCAAGUCGGUGAAUGGACUGAUACUAAAACAGCUAAAAGUGCAAUAAAACUAUUACAGGAAGCUACACCUGGACGUACUAAACAUCUUGUAUUUUAUAAAGAAUCAAAAGCAUUUGACAUUGCUUUCAAAGUUUUUGAAUUUUGGUUAAGUGAUAAAAUGCGUCAACGAAUUUUAAGGGUUAAAGACGAUGUUGAAAAGGCUUUCAAGAAAAUACCUGGUUUGAAAAAUAUACUACCCGAGGAGUAUGGUGGACAAAAUGGUCCCAUUCAAAAAAUAAUCGCUGCAGAUAAGGAAAAUUUCAAAGAAUUUUACUCACGAAAAUGUAUUUUAAGUGAAAUUCAAGUAGAUGAAUCUAAACGUCCACUUUCUGCUCAGAAUUAUCUGCGUGAAUAUAGUGAUAUUGAAGGCUUGACAAUGGGAAAUCAAGGCACAUUCAUACCAAUCAUUCCUGAUGAUUAAGUCUAUUCACUUGUGUUUUUUUUAUUAAUCACUAAUUAAAAUAAAUAAUCCAGGAAUUUUCCUUUUCCUUUUGAAUCUUUUAGUUUCCCUGUACUUCUGUUACUAUAAAAAGAAUAACUUCCUUUCAUAAUGUGUAUUAUUAUUAUUGUUACUGCAUUCCAUACUUUUUCACAUAUUCCUCCUGCCUUAGAAAAUAGAUAGUCUUCCCUUUUUAAUACUUAAAUAUACCUAUGCUUGAAAAGACAUGUAUACUCACUCAGGUUUCCACGGUGUCAUACUGUACAUGUUACGGCAUCAUUGCCUUUGCCACUGUUCUUGUUUUUGUUUUUCAAUCAAUUUUUUUCUUGCUCUUUGCGAUGACUGAAAUAAAUGACUAGUUGAAUUUUUGCUUCACUAGAACUGUUCAACAUUCAGUGUGCUUUAAUGUGCACAUUGUGUACUGAACAGUUAAAAAAAUAUCACAAUCAUAUCUGUAGGUUGAAUUUAACUGUGUUUACAUCUCUAUUACGAUCAAUAUAUAUAGUAAAACAAUGAAAAUAUAUUAUUCAAAGUAACAAGAAUUCAAGGAUUUAUAUGUAUUCAUGCCUACUUGAACUAGUAGCCAAAUGAGUUUAAGAAUAUACGGU